AUGUCAUCUUUGAAAGAGUUCAACGUGAGCGAAGUGGCAGCUCAUAGGUCCAAAACGGAUUUGUUUGUCAUAAUUCAUGGGAAAGUCUAUGAUAUCACAAACUACGUACGAGACCAUCCGGGAGGCGCGGACGUGUUGAUCGAUGUCGCCGGCGGAGAUGCGACAGCUGCUUAUGAAGAUGUCGGUCACUCAGAGGAUGCAAAUGAGAUUCUCGGGACAUACUUGGUUGGAACCGUCAAGGAUGCGCAGCAAUUCGUUCAACCCAAGACCGUUCGCGUGAUCCAGCAACGCUCCUCCAGUACAGACACGUCCAAGAACACAUCAUUGGUCGCAAAAGCUGUAACAGCAAUUGGCGCCACGCUUACUGCCACUGCAGUAAUCUACAUUUCCAUCAAGCAUCAUCCGGCUCUUGGCGACUUGGUCACAAACUAUAUCCCAGCUUCUUGGAGAAUUACCAACACUCAUGUGCCACACCCAAGUUUCCUCCGUGGCGGAUUUUCAAGUGGGUUUGCAGCUGCUACUCUGGCAUGUACGGCUGUUGGUGGAAUCAUAGGGAGUAAACUCUCGAGCUUCACCAAGAUCGAUUCUGGCUUCACAAAAUACCGCCCACACAUCAAAGCCUCUUCCGUGAAGAAGCAAAACCCGCAUCUCACAAAAGGCUUCCUCGAACCCAAGAACUACAAAAAGCUUCCGCUGGUCAAAAAAGACCAGUUGUCGUCCAACGUGUUUCGCUUCGUCUUCCAACUUCCCAGUUCACGGGACGUAAUCGGACUCCCCAUCGGCCAGCAUGUUGCCAUCAAAGCCAUGGUCAACGGUGCCGCUGUCUCGAGGUCCUACACACCGACAUCCAACAAUCUAGAUCUUGGGAGACUGGAACUAGUCAUCAAAUGCUACCCGGACGGUCUUCUCACUGGGCAAUAUCUUGCGGCUCUCGAAGUUGGUGAUAAGGUGGAAUUCCGGGGACCGAAGGGUGGAAUGAAAUAUCACAACGGUCUUUGCAAGAAGAUCGGAAUGAUCGCCGGUGGAACUGGAAUCACCCCAAUGUAUCAACUUAUCCGGGCCAUUUGCGAGGACGAUCGAGAUACGACUGAGAUCAGUCUGAUCUACGCCAACAGGUCUGAAGAGGAUAUUCUUCUUCGUCGCGAAUUGGAGACUUUUGCUCGAGCUUAUCCCAGGAAUUUCAAGCUCUGGUAUAUGCUUGAUCAUCCCUCUAAAAACUGGGCCUAUGGCAAGGGAUAUGUCACGCCUGAAGUUAUGGCUGCAAAGCUGCCGGCAUCGGCGCCUGAUACGAAGAUCAUGCUUUGUGGGCCACCAGGGAUGGUGAAUGCUUCGAAAAAGAGCUUGGUGGCAGCUGGGUUUGAAGCUCCUGGUGCUGUGGCGAAGAUGUCAGAUCAAAUAUUUUGCUUUUGA